AUGAACGCCCAACAAACGACACUUUCAAGCGAUUCUGCCAACAAUUCAGAUAUUCUUCCCUCUGUUGCUUCGAUGGAUAACACUGUGACAACAGAAACCGUACAAACCGUCUCAAACAAUGAGAGGCUCGAACCCGGCGCAAGAACUCCAACAAACCCAUUCGAAGUAGUCAGACCGCCUCCAAGUGAAACUGACUCCGAAGUGAAUACUACACAAUAUGUUACUGCUUCAGCAGCAAAUUCCGAUCAACUUGGUCACACUUCGAGCUAUUUCAGUGAACCUGUCAACUUUACAUUCAAGAAUGACGCUCAAAAAGCAAACUAUCUUUCUUUUACUGAUUACAUGUCUAGUCAAUAUCCCAAUAGCAAUAUUUCAGAGGUCCAUGCAGCCCUUAGAGAUAGGAUCCUAUCUACGUGGCUCUCUUCUAGGAGAGAAGAUCAGCAAGGAGAUUAUCCUACUAGGAGCCACUGGAAGGGUAUACGAGUUCGAAAGAUGCGCGAGCUUAGAGAUACUUUCAAAAUCGGUUCGUUAGAUGAUAAGUACUUGUUGACAUUUUUGGGUCGUGAUUUGUCUUAUCUGGAACGUCAGGAUCCUCUGAGCUUGGAGGGAGAAAUGGGUGAAGAUGACGAUUCACCAUAUCGACCGGUCACAAGGAAAGAUCAUCUAUUAGAUACUUUGUUGACUAAAGAGAUGAGAGUUAUGGUAGAUGAUGUUGGGAGGAUGAGAAGGGAUAGUAAGAAUAGGCUGAAAGGGAUGGUGGAGGAACGAUUGAGAGAUUUACAGUAG